AUGCCGCACGACGACGACGACAAGUGCGUGAAAUACAACAAGGGCGAAAAGGCGAACAUCAUGAGCAAGGUUUUGCAGAACGACACGAAACCGUGGCUGUGGUCGGCGUGCUCGAGGCACUAUCUCACCGACUUUCUCGAAUCGAGCAAGUCGUCGUGUCUUUUCGACGAGCCGAACCGAGACAUCAUCACGUCCCAGUUCAUACAGCGACUGCCCGGCGAACGUUUCAAGGUCGAUCGUCAGUGCGAGCUCGAGUUCGGGAUCGGUUACAAGCUGUGCCCAUUCGAAAUUGCCUCCUGUGGAAGCUUAUGGUGCACGAGGGAGGACAUGGAGGGGUGCAAGACGCAGCACAUGCCAUGGGCCGACGGUACCAAGUGCGGGGAGUCCAGCUGGUGCCACCACGGGGAGUGCAUUCCAAACAAUCGUAAUCUGCUGGAGCCGGUCGAAGGCGGUUGGGGACCGUGGAUGCCGUGGGGCUUUUGUUCGCGAACCUGCGGCGGCGGCGUUAAGAUGUCGAAACGCAAUUGCGAUUCGCCACCGCCGACGAACGGCGGCGCCUACUGCAAGGGAAAAAACGUGCGCUACGCCUCCUGCAAUUAUCUUCCGUGCGAUUCCGAAUUGCGCGACUUUAGGGAGGUGCAGUGCGCCGAGUUCGACGGAAUGACGAAGGGAAUUCGCGGAUUGUCGGACGAGGUUAAGUGGAUACCUAAGUAUGGCAUGGGUAAGUUUACUCAGCAACAACCUCUCGGUUGAACAUAAGGCUUGUUUAUUACUCAAAGAAGCUUGAGAAUUUCACUCGAUGCG